CAGCCCACCAACUCAGCAGGGCAGUAUGGGAGACAGGAAGAGGAACUGUGCUUGCUGUAGGUCGAUGGGGGCUGGAAGAUCCACUGGAAAUGCUGAGUGUCCUCCAGCUGAGACUGAGCCGACUCUUGCAGUGCAGGUCCAUAAUCUGCAAGAACUACGGCGGAGUGCCUCAUUGGCCACCAAAGUCUUUGUGCAGCGAGACUACAGCGAUGGGACCAUGUGUCAGUUCCAGACCAAAUUCCCCCCAGAGCUGGACAGCCGGAUUGAACGUCAACUUUUUGAAGAAACAGUGAAGACUCUCAACAACUUCUAUGCGGAGGCUGAGAAAAUUGGGGGCAGUUCCUACCUGGAAGGAUGUCUGGCCUGUGCAACAGCCUACUUCAUCUUCCUCUGCAUGGAGACCCGCUAUGAAAAGGUUCUGAAGAGGAUCUCUAAGUACAUCCAGGAGCAGAAUGAGAAAAUCUAUGCUCCCCGGGGGUUGUUGUUGACAGAUCCAGUGGAACGAGGCAUGCGGGUUAUUGAGAUCUCCAUCUACGAGGACCGUUGCAGCAGCUCCAGCUCAGGCAGCUCCAGCAGCACCAGCAGCAGUGCUGGUGGUGGGGGUGGGGGCACAGGGGGUCGGUGACUGGCAGAGAGUCCUGGCAGGGAUUUGUACUGCCGGGAUGAUGGUGUCUCCGAGAUCCGCAGACUGCGCUAUCAGAGCACCCGCUUCUGAGCUCCCCCAGGGGGGUCAGGAUGCCAAAGAGUGUUGUGACACCCCUGGGGUUUGUAACAACCAGCAAGGGCAAGGUCAUCCAUCAGGGAUGAGUCAGCUCUGCCCAAAUGGAGCUCACACCCACAUAAGCCCACGGUCAGUGCCUGGGAUCCUGACACCUUGGGGUGGGGAUGCUUCUUGGGGGCUUCUGGGGAGACGGCUCUCCCACUCCCCGGGUUUUCUUCU